UGUUGAUGAUUUAUAUGCAUAUGACCCUGAGAUAGAUAGAUCAUUGCAUGCUGCUAGUAGAGCUCGUAGGUUGACUUACAGUAGAGUUGUUCCUGAGCAUACCUUAGAGUCUGUUGAGUCUAUCGAGUCUGUUUGUUCGAGUCCUUUACAUAGUGUUUAUUCGUUUGGUCAUUUAUUUGAUUCUGAAAUCAUGGGUGAUAGAACACUUAAGCAAUUGGCUGCUCCUAAUGUUGAUAAUGAGCAACCCUUGUGUAUUCGUUAUACUAAUCCUGUUGUGCCUUUUCAGCUUAAGUCUGGACUAAUACACUUGCUGCCCAAGUUUCAUGGUCUUGCAGGUGAGGAUCCCCACAAACAUCUGAAGGAAUUUCAUAUAGUCUGCAGCACUAUGAAGCCAACAGGGGUGGAUGAGGAACAAAUCAAGCUGCGUGCUUUCCCUUUCUCUUUGGACAGUGGAGCUAAGGACUGGUUGUACUACCUGCCACCUUCCUCCAUUGUAAGCUGGAAUGACAUGGCCAGAUUGUUUCUGGAGAAAUUCUUCCCUUCAUCCAGGGCCACUUCAAUCAGAAAGGAGAUCAGUGGCAUAAGGCAAGCUAAUGGGGAGAACAUGCAUGAGUAUUGGGAACGAGUUAAAAGGCUUUGUUCAAGCUGCCCACACCAUCAAAUUCCAGACAAUCUCCUGCUUGUUUACUUCUAUGAAGGGCUGCUGCCUAUGGAUAGGAACCUUUUGGAUGCAGCUAGUGGAGGAGUCCUGAGCAAUAAAACACCUAAUGAAGCCAAGGAGCUGAUUGCUGAAAUAGCUGCUAAUGCUCAACAAUUUGGCACUAGAGCCAACAGCAGUGCAGUCUUCCAAGUGCAAACUCCACCAGUGCAAAAUCCAACAGUAGCAGCAACAGGAGCAUCAAGCACAGAUAACCAGAGAAUGGAGAACAGACUUGAUGAGCUGACAUCAAUGGUGAGGCAGUUGGCAGUGACAAAGACUGUGCAACCUUCUGCUCAACAGAUAAGCAACUUGUGUGGCAUCUGCUGUGAUCCUUCUCACCCCACGGAUGCCUGUCCUUCCUUUCAUCAAGACAGCGAUUUCCAAGAUGAUCAGUCUGUUGCUGCAAUUUUUCCUGGAAAGCCACAGUACCAGCAGCAGCAACAACAACAGUACCAGCAGCAGCAAAAUAAUCCAUUCUCCAACACUUACAAUCCUGGCUGGAAGAAUCAUCCCAACCUCAGAUGGAACCAGAAUCAUGGUCCUUCUUUGGAGGACUUAAUGAAACAGAUGGCCACUAGCAAUCUGCAGUUCCAGCAGCAAAUGGAGGAGCCAACCCACACUGCUGCUGAGACAUCCAAUGGAGGUGACACUAGCUCCAAGAAGCAGAGCAUUGAUACAUCUGAUGUCCAUAUCCCUUUGCCAUUUCCUCAGAGAGCCACUAAGUCAAAGAAGCAGUCAGCAAAGGUUCAAGAUAAAGAGAUACUUAACACCUUCCGGAAAGUUGAGGUGAACAUCCCUCUUUUGGAUGCAAUACAGCAGAUUCCGCGAUAUGCCAAGUUUCUAAAGGAGCUGUGCACCAACAAGAGGAGACUGAAGGGAGAUGAGCAGGUUAACCUGAGUCAGAAUGUAUCGGCACUCAUCCAGCCCAUGCCUAAAAAGUGUCAAGAUCCAGGGACAUUUACUAUCCCUUGCGUGAUUGGCAAUUCUGUUUUUCAUGAUUGCAUGCUAGACUUAGGAGCUUCCAUCAAUGUUAUGCCUGCAUCUGUGUUUAAGUCUCUUGGUCUUGGUCCUUUGCGUGCCACUGGUAUUGUGGUUACGUUAGCUAAUAGGAGUAGUAUUCACCCAUCUGGUUUGAUUGAGGAUGUAUUAGUCAGAGUUAAUAAUCUGAUUUUUCCUGCUGAUUUCUACAUUUUAGAAAUGGAGAGUGAGACUGCUACUAAUAGAUCCCCAAUCAUACUUGGUAGGCCUUUCAUGAGGACAGCUAGGACCAAGAUAGAUGUUCAUUCUGGUACUUUUUCCAUGGAAUUUGGUGAUAGCAUUGUGCAUUUUAAUAUAUUUGAUGCCAUGAAACAUCCUAGGGAAGAGCAUUCUGUCUUCUGCAUUGAUGUGAUAGAUGACGUUGUUGAGGAUGUUUCUGCUACAUUCCUUGCUGAGUUUUCUACUGAUUUUGAUUCUGAUUUCUGUGGUUGUGGUGAUAGUCGAGAGUGCAUUGUAUGUGAUGAAAUAGCAUCUCAUCUUUCUGGUUUCAAUGAUGCACUGAUUGAUGAUUCUGAUUAUGAGU